CUUGUCCUGCAGGCAGCAUUCCGGGUGGAGAGAGAGAGUGAGUGAGAGAAAGAGAAAGGCAGAGGAGGUUUGAGGCCGAAGACAGUGCAUUUAUACCGAAAAACGCGAGUUGAAUGUCCGAACCGGCUGCGGGGUUUAAGCAGGAUAUGGGCUCUCCAGGGCAGAUCCCGGGACAACACAUGGAGCUCUAAGCUAGCCCUCUCCAUCCAACUCCGUUUGCCGCCCUGCUCGCUGCUCGCCAAAACCACCUCCUCUACCCUUGCUGUAGCGGUUUGGCCCAGACUCCUCUCAGAGAAGAAGAGGGGGAAAAAAAACAACCCAAGUGGGAGGGAGUAGUAAACUUUCCCCAGCUGCUGCCCAGACACACACAUGCUGCAUUGCCGCCAUUCCCCAAGCCCUGCUCCAUCCAUCCCUAGGGCACGGCCAAAAUCUCGCUAGCUAGCUAGCACUUGGCACAAAGACGAGGCCUGUCCUGGGGGGUUAAAAAUACAAGCAGACUGUGUGUGCUUGCCUCCUUUCUUUUUUCUCCCUUUUCCAGGGUCACCCAGACAAACACCCAUUAACUGGGGCUCCUUUUGUUUAGCUGUCGUUCUCGCUGGUUUGAGCAGCGGGGGAUUGCUAGCAGCCAGCCAGUCAGUCAUUCAGCCAGGCAGACUGAGGAAGCCAGAGGGGUCUGUUAUCAGAGGCCAGGAUGAUGGAGCCCAGCAUGGAGAGCUGUCUGGUCCAGGUCCUACAGAAGGAUAUGGGCCGCCGGCUGCAGGUGGGGCAGGAGAUCAUUGAUUACAUCUUGGACAAGGAGAAGUCCCACGACCUGGAGCAGGAUCAGACGGCACUGGACAAGAUGGUGGAUGGCAUCGCCAGCUCCUGGGUCAACUGCAGCAACUUCAAGGUGGCUCUGCUCGGCUUGGACCUCUUAUCUGCCUUAGUGACGAGGUUAAAGGAGCGGUUUAGGGCCCACGUGGGAACCGUUCUGCCCAGCCUUAUUGAUCGAUUGGGAGACUCUAAAGACCAAGUGCGAGACCAAGACCAAACAGUGCUGCUCAAGAUCAUGGAACAAGCUGCCAGCCCACAGUAUGUGUGGGACAGGAUGCUGGGGGGCUUCAAGCAUAAGAACAACAGGACCAGAGAAGGAGUGUGCCUUUGCCUCAUAGCCACGCUGAGCACAUACGGAGCUCAAGGCCUGACCCUCAGUAAAAUAGUUCCCCACAUAUGUAACCUCCUGGGGGACCCCACCAGUCAGGUACGUGACGGGGCUAUGAGCUGCUUGGUGGAGAUCUACAGACACGUGGGCGAGAGGGUGAGGAUGGAUCUCUGCAAAAAGGGCCUGCCCCAGUCACGGUUGAAUGUAAUCUUCAGCAAAUUUGAUGAAGUCCAAAGAUCCGGGAACAUGAUGUCAUCCUCCAGUUCGGAUAAGAACUUUGAGGAUGAGGACUCUGUGGAUGGAGGCCGGUCCUCCUCCUCCUCCCUAUCAUCCAAAGCUCCCCCCAGUGGCAGGAGGCCUGUAGCGAGCGUUGUGAGAAGACCCAGCUCAGCCACCUCGACGACCAAGCCCACAAGUAAAGAAGCAGCUGCCGGGGCUGUUGAUGAAGAGGAUUUUAUUAAAACCUUUGAAGACGUGCCCUCAGUCCAGAUCUACUCCAACAGAGAGCUAGAGGACCAGCUGGCCAAGAUCAGAGAAGUGCUGUCUGAUGACAAACACGACUGGGAGCACCGAGUGGUCGCGCUGAAGAAGGUGCGUUCUCUCCUGCUGGCCGGGGCCACUGAGUACGAGGGUUUCCCUCAGCAGCUGCGUCUCCUGGAGGCUCCCCUCAAGCUGUCAGCUAAAGACUUGCGCUCCCAGGUGGUCCGCGAGGCCUGCAUCACUCUGGGACAUUUGUCAUCAAUACUGGGUAACAAGUUUGACCACGGAGCGGAGAGCAUCAUGCCCACCCUGCUGAACCUUGUGCCCAACAGUGCCAAAGUCAUGGCUACGUCCGGAGUGGCCACCAUCCGCCUCAUUCUUAGGCGCACACACUACCCACGUCUCAUCCCCAUCAUCACCAGUAACUGCAUCUCCAAAUCAGUAGCAGUCAGACGACGCUGUUUUGAGUUCUUAGACCUCAUGCUACAAGAGUGGCCCACUAAUACACUGGAAAGACAUGUGGCUGUUCUGACUGAGACCAUCAAGAAAGGCAUACACGAUGCAGACUCUGAGGCCAGAUCCAUUGCAAGAAAGUGCUAUUGGGGUUUCCAUGGUCACUACAGCCGGGAGGCAGAGCAUCUGUUCCAGGCGCUGGAGUCCACCUAUCAGAAGGCCCUCCAGUCUCACCUGAAGGGCUCUGACAGCAUCGUGUCUCUUCCCCAGUCGGACCGCUCCUCCUCGUCCUCCCAGGAGAGUCUGAACCGUCCGAUGUCCGUGAAGAGCGUCAUAGGAGGGAGCAUAACAAGGAGUAAGCUGGUGGGCUCCAGGUUGUCCACCACAUCGGGUUCUCUCCAGCGUUCCCGCAGUGACAUCGAUGUCAACGCCGCCUCCAGCGCCAAGUCACGUCUGUCCACCGUUCCUGCCUCCUCGCCGUUCAGCUCUGUGGCUGCCCUCCCCCCAGGGUCCUACGCCUCGUUAGGUCGCGUUCGUACCAGGAGACAGAGCUCGGGCAGCGUGGGCGGAGCCAGUCCUUCUGUGGUGGACAGUAGGGGGCGGAGCCGAGCCAAAGUUGUCUCUCAGUCCCAGCCCGGCAGCCGCUCCAGCUCCCCAGGCAAGCUGCUCGGCCACAGCAGCUACGGCCGGAUCCCUCGGGCCACGGUGUCCGCCUCCACCACGCCGGCCGACAAGCGCAGCAGGAUCCCCCGCAGCCAGGGAUGUAGCCGCGAGACCAGCCCCAGCCGACUGGGUCUUGCCAGCCUGUGUGGUAAAGCUCUUCCUCCUGCUGCUCUUCCCUACCGCACGCUAGCCCGGAGCCGUAUUCCCCGUCCCAGCAUGAGUCAGGGUUGCAGUCGCGACACCAGUCGCGAGAGCAGCCGCGACACCAGCCCCGCUCGGGGCUUCACUCCUCUGGAUCGAUAUGGUUUAAUUCACCAAGCAAGGAUCUCAGCGUCAGUCAACGCCAUGAGGGUCCUAAACACUGGCACUGAGGUGGAGGCAGCAGUUGCUGAUGCUCUGCUAUUAGGAGACUCCAGGAAUAAGAGGAAGCCGUUGAGGCGGAGGUACGAGUCUCCUGGCAUGUACUCCGACGACGACGCCAACAGCGAUGCGUCCAGUGCCUGCUCGGAACGCUCGUACGGCUCGAGGAACGGAGGCAUCCCCCAUUACCUGAGGCAGACGGAGGACGUGGCGGAGGUCCUGAACCACUGCGCCAGCUCCAACUGGUCGGAGAGGAAGGAGGGCCUGCUGGGCCUGCAAAAUCUCCUCAAGAGCCAAAGAAUAUUGAGCCGAGUGGAGCUGAAGAGACUUUGUGAGAUCUUCACAAGGAUGUUUGCAGAUCCACAUAGCAAGGUAGAGAAGGUGUUCAGCAUGUUCCUGGAGACUCUUGUGGACUUCAUCACAGUACACAGGGAAGACCUGCAGGACUGGCUCUUUGUCCUGCUCACUCAGCUGCUGAAGAAGAUGGGGGCAGAUCUGCUGGGUUCAGUCCAGGCCAAGGUCCAGAAGGCUCUGGAUAUCACAAGAGAGUCCUUCCCAUUUGACCAACAGUUCAACAUCCUGAUGAGGUUCAUCGUGGAUCAGACUCAGACGCCUAAUCUGAAGGUUAAGGUGGCCAUCCUGAAGUACAUCGAGUCCCUGGCUCGGCAGAUGGACCCGACGGACUUCGUCAACUCCAGCGAGACGCGCCUGGCCGUAUCUCGCAUCAUCACCUGGACCACCGAACCCAAAAGUUCUGAUGUCAGGAAGGCGGCCCAGGUGGUGCUGAUCUCGUUGUUUGAGCUCAACACCCCGGAGUUCACCAUGCUGUUGGGAGCUCUCCCCAAAACCUUCCAGGACGGAGCCACCAAACUGCUGCACAACCACCUGAAGAACUCCAGCAACACCAGCAGCGGUGUGGGGUCUCCAAGCAACACCAUUGGCCGGACGCCGACACGCCACACCCCCAGCAGAACCAGCCCUCUCACCUCUCCAACAAACUGUUCCCACGGAGGACUGUCUCCAAGCAUGAUGGAGUACGACACCGAGAACAUGAACUCAGAGGAGAUCUACAGCUCGCUGCGCGGCGUCACAGAGGCCAUCCAGAGCUUCAGCUACCGGAGCCAGGAGGACCUGAAUGAGCCAAUCAGACAGGAGGGCAAGAGGGACGAUGCCGCAGGAAGAGAGGGCGUAGCUUCCUCUCCUGGCUCUGACGCCCGCCUCGGCCUCGACGCGGUGGAAGGGGGCCGCACCGCCUUGGACAACAAGACCUCCCUACUCAACACGCCAUCACCUCGCUCCUUCUCCGGGCCGCGGGGCCGGGAGUUUGCUCCUUAUGGCUACGGAGAAACCAUCUGCACAUACGACAAGAGCGCCCUGAAGGAGGCCGUGUUCGACGACGACGUGGAGCAGUUCAGAGACUGCCGACGUCAGGAAAGUGGUGAAAACAAGAUGACGCUGCCCAACGUCUUUGCUCCCGCAAUCAGUCACGACCACUCGGACCUGGUAGCUGACCUGCUUAAGGAACUGUCCAAUCACAACGAGCGCUCCGAGGAGCGUAAAGGCGCCCUGGUGGAGCUGCUGAAGAUCACACGGGAGGACAGCCUGGCUGUGUGGGAUGAACACUUUAAAACCAUCCUCCUCCUCCUGCUGGAGACGCUGGGUGAUAAAGAUCACACCAUCCGAGCCCUGGCCCUGCGUCUGCUCAAAGAGAUUCUGAGGAACCAGCCGGCCCGCUUCAAAAACUAUGCUGAGCUAACCAUCAUGAAGACCCUGGAGGCUCACAAAGACUCUCAUAAAGAGGUGGUGCGUGCGGCCGAGGAGGCGGCGUCCACCCUGGCCGGCUCCAUCCACCCGGAGCAGUGCAUCAAGGUGCUGUGUCCCAUUGUGCAGACAGCCGACUACCCCAUCAACCUGGCUGCCAUCAAGAUGCAAACCAAAGUCAUUGAACGCAUCGCCAAGGACUCCUUACUGCAGCUGCUGCCUGACAUCAUCCCAGGACUCCUACAGGGCUAUGACAACACAGAGAGCAGCGUUCGCAAGGCCAGCGUGUUCUGUCUGGUGGCUAUCUACUCUGUGAUUGGUGAGGAUCUCAAACCCCACCUGGCACUGCUCACGGGCAGCAAGAUGAAGUUACUGAACCUGUACAUCAAGCGAGCCCAGACGACCAACAGUAAUAGCAGCAGCUCCUCGGACGUCUCCUCUCACAGUUAAAGGAGGGAGGUUUCAUUCAGAAACCCUGUGGAUGGACGACGCUGGAAGAUCUCCGGGGCAAAGCCGGGCUUCUGUCAGAAUUUUCCGUCUCCGAGCUUCCCCUCUUCCUCCAGCUCCUCCUCCAGCUUCCUCCUCCUCCUCCUCCUCCUGCUCCUCCUCCUCCUCCUCCAGCUCCACUGCGCUUCUCUCCCGUUCGGAGGAGAUCCUGUCAGCAACCUAUUUGUCAUGUAGUUCCCCCCCUCCCCCCCACUUUUGCUCUAGGAACUUUUUGAAUGUAACUGUGGUUUGGGUCUGGUGGGGAGGGAAUCAACAUAUUUGGAAUUUUUGGAUGUAGGAAAUGCACUUUCUCCUCCUCGACGGUUCCCACAACCUCAACGCCGCCUUCUGUCUGUGGAAGCCCGUUUCUCCUUGAGCCCUAGCAUUUGGCAGAUUGAGUUCAAACAUGAUGCCGUGAAAUAUUUGUGAUCAGAGUGGAGACGUUUCUGUCGGAUCGACUAGAGUUUGGGAUGAAAUGUCAUUUGGCUGGCCCAGUGAUGGUAAUAAGCCCAUAUGUUGUGGGAUAAUUCUGGUUUGGGGAGCAUGAAAACCAAAUAUUGUAUGAAAAAAAGGAAGAAAUGUGUAGGGGAACAAUGUGACAGCAAAAAAUAUUUUAAGUUCAUAUUUUAAGUUUAUUGAUGAUUAUCGAGGCUCAUAGAAGCAUGUCCAUUGAUUCUAGUUUUGUUUUUUUUAAUGCUAAUUUGUAAUUAAAAGUGGCUCAAUCCAUUGAAUAUCCCUUUUACAAAAACCUUGUUACACUCGACAAGUUGUCAAAACCUUUCAGCUACAGAAUUGACAAUCCUUCAAAUUUAGCGAAGAACUUUAUUUUGAGGUCCAGAAGAUUUAAUCUCUGUUAAACUUCCAAAUUGAAGUGUGUGUGAAUGCUGAUUCCUUAGUCUAAAAACACAAUCGUUUGUGUUGCCUGUAUUUCCUCACAGAACUUUCUGCAUUGAGUUUGGAAACAGUGCUUAUUGUCCAACAGGUUGCUGCUCAGACGAUUGGCUCUGUUUGAAGAGGAAGUCCUUUGUAAAUAGUUGCAGAUGUUUUCCCUGCUUGGAGUCGGGAGGGAGAGACAAGCGAUGGGAGACGGUCUAAAAGACAUUACCAGGCCUUAUUCACUUCAACACAUCAUUCAGUUGACUGGGACCUCGGAGAGUGAGCCGCACGUUCAGCACUGUAACUCUCCGAAAAAUGUGAAUCUGCAGGAAAACGGACCCCGGCAGUGUUCUUGACCUGUGAUGAUGCAAAUACAGUAUUAAGUGUUUCCUCUGGUCCCCUUCAGUUCCCCAUCACGUAACCACAGCUUCUGCAAUAACUGUCCACAAUCCACACAUAAAAAGUGUUUUGUACAUACACACGUUUUGACCACUGCUUCGCAAACUUUUACAUAAUGUUGGUGAAAAAAAAAUGAAAAAAGAAGAGAAGUGAACAGGUCGACUAUGUCACUUUUUUUGCACGUUAGCGAAAUAGCUUGCAUGUAACCUGCAGCACAUGCCAACCUGCUGUUUGAAGGGCCCGAGCUGUUAAAGUGCACUUGUGACAUCAUCAAAGUACUCAGUCUGAUUUCAUGUUUCAGUCGAGGAGGAAUUCACAUCGGCCACACUCUUUUGACCAAAAUGUGUUCAUGUUGGUGUAUUUAAGUAUCCAGAAUCCAUACAUCUGGGAUCGGCUGUGAUUUUUUUUAUUUCCGUGUUACGUUUGAGAUAUCGAGAAGCUUGAAAAUGUUGGAUCUUACACCGAGAUCUCUCUUUAAGUUGAUGGUAGUUUUCCCCGGAGAGAUCAGAGUCCAUGGAUCCCUGACCGGGAAAGGCUUCCCCCAUCAUCAUCCUACAGUUAAUCUACGAUAGGAAGGGAUCACCCUCAUUAUGCCUUUAAAUAUUAAGACAACAUUAAGGAAAUACAAGUAUUCCAGAAGUUCCUUGGGGACAGUGGGGACUGUUUUAGUUGAGUGGUGUUUUCAUUCAGGGAAUCCACUGAGAGUGGGCCAAUGAUGGUUAUUUAAGUAAAUGAAUGUACAGACUUAUUACGUGUUAUGAUUAGCUUUUAAGCGUUGGUACUGAAAAUGAUUUUGGCAACAUGCCGCCCUGUAAUAUGCCUGCCUGCACUCUACCUUAGCAUUCUCUCUCCUGAAUCCCCUCAGCAGCUCCGGAGCAUUGAUCAUCCUAGUAAUAAUGGGGAGGUUCACCAAUCAACAUACUGGCCCAUUCUAUCACACCGCUGGUCCCAGAAACAGACCACAUGGUUCUCUUUGCAAACCGAUCACUAUGCAUGUUCUACAGUACACUGUCUUUCUUUUGUCUCAAGCGGUCAUGUAAUAUUCAUACCUGUAUUUAUAUAUUUUAUUUUAUUUUGUCCUCAUGAUAUACUGUACAGAAAGGUUUUUUUGUUUUUUUUGUUGCUGUUAACUUCCACCUGUGAUAGGUUUGCAGCAAUGUAAAGAAAUUGUUUGCUCUAGAAAUAAA